AUGGGUCGGAACAAGCUUUCGAUGAAGAAAAUUGAUAAUCCCUCCCGUCGUAAAGUAACAUACUCAAAACGUAGAGAUGGGAUUAUCAAGAAAGCCACUGAAUUGUCUGUGCUAUGUGAUACAGAUGUUGGUCUUUUGAUGUUUUCUCCUAAUGGUAGAUUGACUACCUUUGCUAGCAAUGGAAGGAUUGAAGACGUCUUUCUUCGCUAUUUUGACCAGUCCAAUGUACUAGAAGCAGGACCAGUUGAACAGGAGGGGUAUUUGUACCAAAAUCUCAAGCGCUUGAAAUAUGAAAGAGAAAUGCUGGAAAAGAUUGCAAAGUUUGAUUCUCUCUCUUUCUCUCUCCCAACACACAUACACUCUCAUAGACCAUAUACACAGAAACCUAAGAGUUAA